CGGCGCCACCCGCUGGGGCCGCUCUGGCCCUGAUCUCGAUGGUUUUGGUCCGCCCGGUGAGCGGUGCGUGGCGCUGCGGGGCCGCCCGGCGGAGUUAGCAGCCCGUCUGUUUCCUGCAGAGAGGGCGUGUCUGGGAGGUAAAGCCACCUGUUUCUGUAGGACUUUAAACUUCCAGGUGUGACAUCUCUUCCAGUGGGACGUGACUCCGUGUGCAUGUUCCCUUGAAAACCUUCUCUCUUCAUGCGGGUAUGUGUGGCAACAUGAGAGGAGUUCUGUCUUAGUUGUUUAAUUAUUUAAAACACAAAUGGGAUGCUUUUGAACCAAUGUCAAGGUGUACAAGGGAGGGAUUAGUUUGCUUUGCUUUCUGUGGAUGUCGUAGUCAUGUCUGAGAAGGACAGCAGUGAAAAUCUGAAAGAAGAAACGUCUUAUGAAGAUGAGAGAAGUCAGAAAGCAGAGGAACUUGGCUGUGCUGAGAGCAGUGAAGAGAGAGAGCAAGACCCUGAGCCUGUGCCUAUGACUCGGAAAAGACCUGAGCCCAAACCCCCAAGCCAGCCAGCUGCCACAGAAAAGCCUGCAGCUGAAACCCUCAAGGUCUCAGAUUCUCCUGCUGCAGCUCAGACAGGAUGGGGGUACUGGGGAAGCUGGGGCAAGUCUCUUCUGUCAACUGCAACUGCUACUGUAGCUACUGUAGGUCAAGGUAUUUCAAAUGUCAUAGAAAAAGCAGAAACAACCCUUGGGAUCCCCAGUCCUAGUGAAAUCUCCUCAGAGACGAGAGAUGCUACAAGAGGAAGUGAGAAUCCUGGUGCUAGCAGCCCAGAUGCAGUUGAUGAUGGCAGUUCCUUUCCUAUUGCUGGGGCUCUUGGAGUUCUAUCAACCAUCUCUACUGCUGUCCAAAGCACAGGAAAAAGUGUUAUUACUGGAGGUCUGGAUGCCUUGGAAUUUAUUGGGAAAAAGACAAUGGAUGUAAUUGCUGAGGGAGACCCUGGAUUCAAAAAAACGAAGAGCCUAAUGAACAGGAACUCUACGUUAUCUCAGGUUUUACGAGAGGCAAAGGAGAGAGAAGAGCAGCAGACAGCUACUGAGGUUGCCAUGGCUACAGAGAAGAAAGCCCAUUAUGGGUUACUGUUUGAUGAGUUUCAGGGUCUUUCGCAUCUGGAGGCCUUAGAGAUGCUUUCCAGAGAGAGUGAAUCAAAGGUGAAAGCAGUUCUAAAUACCUUCUCUGGAGAUGAACUGGACACACUGAAGGAGGAAAUGGAGCAGCUCAAAGAAGCAUUUUCUUUACCUGAAUUCUUUGAAGAAGAAGAGGAAGAAAAGAAAGGAGAUGAGGAGUUCACAAAAGAAGUAACAGAGUUGUUUUCAGAAUUGCGUAUCUCCUCCAAGCCAGACAAACUGAUCAUGGUGAGGACAUCUGCUCAUGAAUGGAUAGCACAAUUCAACAGUAGUCUUCCUAAGGAAGAAGAAGAGAGUGAAGGAAACAAAGAAGUAGAACCCAGACAUCUUGACCAUCACGCUAAAAAAUCAGUAGAGGAUAUUCACGCGUUUGCCAUAAGAAGUCUGGCUGAGCUGACAGCCUGCUCCAUUGAAGUGUUUCACAAAACUGCAGCUUUGUUUCUUCAUGGUCAGAGACAAGAGGUGACAGCCACAGACAGAGCCAAGUCCCUUUCACAAAUGACGAUUGUGCUGUGUAAAGAGCUGUCAACUUUCUCUAAAGAGUUUUCUAUGUGCUUAACGACUGCAGGGGUCAAAGAGAAAGCAGAUGUGCUUAAUCCCUUAAUCACUGGAGUGUUUUUGGAGGCUUCAAACAGUGCUUCAUAUGUCCAAGAUGCCUUCCAGCUCUUGCUGCCUGUGCUGCAGAUCUCUCUUAUUGAGGCCAGAACGGGACUAUCGCAGCAAUAGAAAUCCUUCUAAUUAAGAACUUUGUGACCUUCCCACUUCAUAGUUUCCAUGCUGGAGAAUGAUGUAAUGGCUGUUAUUAAAGGGAAAAAGAUUAACUCUGAUCUCUGCUGCUGCAAGGACGGUGAUUAAAUGCAGUCUGGCAAUGACAGCUCUUACAGCACAUUGUGAGAUGUGAUUAGCAUAGUCCAGGCGGGUGGACAACGUGACAGACUUAAAGGGCAGAUUUCUUCUCUGUUUUCAUGGACUAUCUGGAUCUUUUCACUGAAAUCCUUCUGCUGUAUGUGUUAACAAGCUCUUUGGAGAAUCUCUCUGGACUGUGAAGACAAUGCUGGAGAAAAGAGUAGCAGCUGGCUAGUUAAAGAGUUAGCUAAAAUCAUGGUGUGAUAUUUAAGUCAGAGAGACCAUAAUUAGGUUCCUGAUAGCUCUGUGUUGAAGUGAAUAUUGAAUAGGAGGUGGAAGAAGCAGCAAAUAUUUAGUAUUAUAAACCUUGCAGUUCCUAGGCUGUAAAGAAUAGAGCAGAAGGAUUCUUUAUUGAGCUGUUGCUGAAGAGAAGCCCUGGCUUCCUGAAGAUGUCUGUUAAUGACUCAGGGAUGUGGGAUGGGGACUCUCACUAGGGUGCUGUUUCUCAUUCUCUUGCAGACUGCUUGCUUCAGCACAAGCUGGGAAAAUGCUGAUCUGGCCCUAAGAAUGUGGGUACUUUUCUUUAUAGCAAUAAAGGAGAACUGGCUAAAAGG